AUGGCUGCCAACGCUCAGUCCUUAAAUGCCGACGAAGGAACCGCGUCUAGAUUCGUCUCCAUGAUUUCCAAGGGCCUUGAUGUCUUCACCCUCAACUCCAACCCCAGCACGCCUCAGAAGACGAUCGUGGCUGAACCAGAGUCCGGAGAAGGGUCGCCUACGCCGAUUCGACCCGCACUGCGGACAGACCCAGAUGGCAGCUCCUCGUCCGGGUCGAGCCCAUCGCGCCCUGGCAAGGCAAGUGUCGUCAUCGCAAACCUUGGUGUGGACGGCGAUGGGCAACGAACAAACGUGGAGGGCAAUCGCCGCCGGGGUCUCAGCUCCGCAAGCCGUGGCUCCGGUGGAAUCGCGGGAGCGGUCGGUCGACGUAAAGGGCGUGUCGAGACGUUCGUCCUCGUCAAGCCUCCACCAACCUCGUCCAAGAACCCGUUGAACCUGCAGCUCCAGCUCGUCAUGCCGGCCAAAUCUGGACGGCCUAGAGCAGGUUCGGACGCGGCCUCAAGGGCUAUGAUCCCUCCCCUCCCAACGCCCACAGCCACCUUGCCCGCAGCGCAGGCCGCCGCAGAAGCGUCAGAACCCUCUACGCCAGCCAGACAAUCAUUUGAGACGUCUCUGGCUAGCGACGGGGUCCCCAACGGCAUAUCGGACGUCGCUGCAUCGACGACAUCGGGGUCCGUGACGUCGGACGCACCACUUUCUGAAGCGGCAUCUGGUGCUCCGAACCUUCCAUCGUUACCUGAGAAUCAGGCCCCGACCGUCCGGCGGCGAUCAUCGACCGGGUCCCAAACUUCGACUAGCAAUGCUUCGAUGGUCAGCAGUGUCUCGGGCAAGCAGCGCAUAGUCCCACUUUACAACCUCUCGGUGCACAACGUGGUCCAGCCGACCAUCGUAACGGACGCCGGAACCGACAGCCGGGUGGCCAAGUUCCUCAAGCGGAAUCUCGACAUCAACGGUGUUGGGAUCCUCGAACCGUCAGAAGUGUGGCUCCCUCUCCCAGGUAGCGCAGUGGGCUCGGUUCCUGGCAACUCCCCCCGGCCAUCUUUCGACCCCAAUAAUGGCGGGAGACUCGCGCGUCCCGCGUCAAUGAUCUCUAACAUGUCGCUCCUCUCUCCUGCCGUAACACGUGAAGACGUAAAGAGACCGAAUAUCGAGACUGGCGGCAAGCCUGGUAAGGUCGAUGCCCAUGGCCUCCGCGUGCAAGAUGAGGGCCCCAAGAAGUUCUUUGGCAAGAUCUUCCGCAAGCGCCACGCGACGGCUGAGCCAAUCGAGCCGCCAAGAAGAGGAAGCGUUUCGCGAUCGACCUCCUACUUCAAUCCUGAUGUGGCCGGUGGCCUCAAGGUCCCGUCCACACCUCCAUUGGCGCCUGCAGUGCACUUCAACGGCGCUGCAGAGCUUGAGAAGAUUGGGCAUCCCACAUUCGGUCUCGCGCCGAAUAUAAUGGCACGCAACUCGUCCGUGACCAACCUCGACAUGAACGGCGCGAUUGUCGGCCUCAUCGGCGACGUGCCGAAGCCCGAAGGACUAGAGUCGGACGUGAUGAACAUUGUCCGGUCUGGCCGCCCUGUGGGCUACACCUGGACGGUUCGCCGAUGGGCAAAGAAGAACAUGGAGGGAUGGGCGUCGCACAUCGUCGCCGCUGCGGCGGCGGGCCUCGAUAUGGUUGGCAAUUCGAUACCGGGUGAUGGCGCCGAUGAGGUCGUGUUCGAGUGGGUCAAGAUGCGGUUCUGCACAACAAACGAGGACGCGAUCGCGGCCCUCCGGCGCCACCCAGCGGCGUCAGAGGGUGCCAACCUCCUCAGACGUACGCGCCCAUUGCUGCCGAGUCCAUCCCCGGGCGCCAGCCCCGCCGGAUCGCGCAUCAACCUUGUGCAGCGCCAGCGUACCAACCUCGACGCGACCAUCAAGGCUCGCAAGGGGCCAGCACCACCUUCGCCUGCCCCGAGCAAGCGCCGUGUAUCACCUCCGACAACACGCUCGUCGGAUGAGGCCGCGUCCGCCGACGUGAACGUCACCCUCGUCAACCUCGACGUGGAUGAGCAUGGCGUCGUGCCCGCCGUCCACGAGCCGGACCAGCCGCUGACGCCCGAGGAUGACGGCUACGACUCGGAUCCCGAGGACAGCGAGACUCCAUGGGCGUGCAGCGUGUGGGUCAAGCGCACGGGCUACCGCCAGCUGCUCGCGACCCUCACCCCGGCCCCGCACCACCCCAAAGUCAUCGCUGUGCUCAGGGUCCCGUCGGUGCUCAAGGGCUUGUCGCUCACGGACGUUCCGGCGUCUGCCGACAAGUCGGGACCUGUUUCCGGCAUUGCCGCGCGGGUUCGCGACGAGGUGUGCCUGACGGAGGAGAACCUCAAGGACGUCGUGAGCGUCACAGCCAUGUGGCUCGUCGCACGAGAAGAGUUCAGCGGAUUCGGACGCAAGGACAAGCGCAAGGUCUAA